UUUGAACUUGUUGUUACAGAAUACCGUCAGCCAAUGAUUGGUAACCCAUGGCCAAUCGCGAAGCCGAUCGCCAGCAGACCAGUGCCAGUGCAGCAUCAGCAUUUACAGCACCUGCUGGCACACUGCCAUCAUCCAUACUUGGCUGUGCGACCAGCGCAAGCGCAUACUCAGGUGUUUCCUCUACCUGGUGGAUUUCCGUGGGCCCAUAGUUCCAGAGGCAAACCCCGUCGCGGCAUGAUGCGCCGGGCUGUGUUUUCCGACCUGCAGCGUAAGGGGCUCGAGAAACGGUUCCAGGUUCAGAAAUACAUCUCUAAACCGGACAGGAAGAAGCUCGCAGAGAAGCUGGGAUUGAAGGAUAGCCAG